CCCUACAAGUGCCUGGACUGCGGGAAGAGCUUCACCCGCAGCUCGAACCGCAACGCCCACCAGCGCAUCCACAGUGGGGACCGGCCCUACAAGUGCCCCGACUGCGGCAAGAGCUUCGGCCAAAGCUCGGACCUGGCGAAGCACCAGCGGCUGCACGCCGGCGAGCGGCCCUACGCCUGCGCCAAGUGUGGGAAGAGCUUCAGCUGGAGCUCGGACCUCGUCGUCCACCAGCGCAUCCACACCGGCGAGCGGCCCUACAAGUGCCCCCAGUGCGGCAAGAGCUUCAACCGCAGCUCCAACCUCAACACCCACCAGCGGACCCACCUGGGUGAGCGGCCCUACAAGUGCGGCGACUGCGGCAAGAGCUUCAGCUACAGCUCGGCGUUCCUCAAGCACCAGCGGACCCACACCGGCGAGAAGCCCUACCAGUGUGCCGGCUGUGGCAAGAGCUUCUUCGAGAGCUCAGCCCUCAUCCGCCACCAGCGCAUCCACACCGGCGAGACCCCCUACCCGUGCCCCCACUGCGGG